AUUGGCCUGGAGUGUAUGUAAAAAAAAGCCUAAACAUUACGACACUUCUAGUCAAUCAAAUAAGCCUCACGUAAUUCGACAAACUCUCAUUCACCUCCAUACAAAAAAAGGGUUUAACUCACGUGGACACAUUUUGGGCGGAGUAAAUCCUCUCGCUUCGCCUCUUCAUCUGAUUACCUUGAAAACAACGGUCGGACAUCUUGGACUCAGUGUCCAAUUCUUGAAUUUAUACCAGUGGUCGAAUCAGUAACUAGUGCUUUGAAAACUUCAUCGGAGUAUCGGCGCUCCGGUAUCACGAGUCCCAUCACGAAGCCUUUAGCUCGACCGAACAAAGUACAUACCAUAACCUAUAUUUUGGUACUUCUUAGCUACUGUAAUUAGCAACAACAAUGAGAAACUGCUGUGCGGUGAAUUGUGCUAAUCGAGCUGGUCAAGGAUGGAGAUUCUUCACUAUACCAAGAGGAUCUCAUCCCUUCCAAAAGAAUAGAAGACGGUUGUGGCUGCAAGCCAUAAAACGGGUGGAUUGGGGCCCUGAUGGUCUGAGGGGUGAUUAUAGCUUGUGUGGAGCUCAUUUCAUCUCUGGAGAACCUUCUAUGGACUACGACAGCCCCGAUUUUGUUCCAUCAAUAUUUCCCCAAGGCAAACAGACAAGAAACUCAAGAAAGACGAGAUGCAGUAAAGCACAGUCUAAUGGCAGUGCUGUUGCCAUGGCAAGUCCAGACACAGAGGUCGAUGUCCUUCCUGACUGUUCUGAAGUGCUGCAUGGUCCUGACUGUUACCAUAGUGACCAAAGCACGCUAGAUCCGAAGCUGGAGGAUGAAAGUCAGACGCUGGACCUGAAUAUCAAAGAAGAAGAUGUGGAUAAUUUUAUGUAUCUAAACUAUUCUGGAGUUCUGAAAGAGGAAACGUGGGAGUGUCCUCAACCUGGGAAAGGGGGUCCUGACUGUAACCAUAGUGACCUAAGCAAGCCAGAUCCAAAGAUGGAGUCAGUCAAGAUGGAGGAUGAACGUCAGACGCUGGAGCUGACUGUUAAAAUCAAAGGAGAAGAAGAGGAGGAAACUUAUGGCACUGAAUGUGGCAAGACCUCCUUGUCAACAAGGAAUCUGCUCAUGUCCACUGGAGAGAAUUCUUACCAUUGCUCUGACUGUGGGAAGAGUUUCAGUCAACAUUCAAACUUAAAACAGCAUCGGAGAACACACACAAGGGAGAAAUCUCAUAGCUGCUCUGACUGUGGAAAGAACUUCAGUCAUAAGGGGAGUUUAGUAUACCACCAGAGAAUACAUACAGGGGAGAAACCGUAUAGCUGCUCUGACUGUGGGAAAUGUUUCAGUCAAAAGGGGAGUUUGUUAUACCACCAGAGAAUACAUACAGGGGAGAAACCGUAUAGCUGCUCUGACUGUGGGAAAAGUUUCAGGCAAAAGGGGAGUAUGGUACAACAUCAGAGAACACAUACAGGGGAGAAAUCCUAUAGCUGCUCUGACUGUGGGAAGAGUUUUACCGCAUCUUCUACUCUAAAGAACCAUCAGCGUAGAACGCACUAGAGAAAAGCCUUACCAUUGCGCGGACUGUGGGAAGAGCUUCAAUCGACAUCAACAUUUCUCACAACAUCAGUGAACAGUGUGUUGGAUGCAUUUGCUGUUUGUUUUGGUUGUUUCAGAUGUUGUGCCCAAUAGAAAUUAAAGGUAAAUAAUGUAUUGUCACUUUUAUUGUAAAUAGAAUAUGUUUCUAAGCACUUCUACAUUAAUAUGGAUGCGACCAUGAUGAGUUGGGCAUAAAUAUCAUGCUAACCUCUGUUAUUGUAAUGGUAAGAGGCUAUGUCAUGGGGUAUGAUAUUUUUUGUGCGUCUAACUUUCUCACAAUUAUU